ACAAGCCUGACACACACACACACGCACCAAAUUUCCAGAUGCUGAAUCGGAGACCUGAAAGGACCUCCAGAGUACAUGCCAGCCAUUCAUCCUCCUCUCUCGCUGUUGUCGCAGCAAACCCUUCUCGUAUCGCGUCGCGCGUUCCGACGUCUGCUCCUGCAGAUGGAAUAUGCCCGCCAAGCGCCGGAAUAAUUAGCCUCAAACCAAUUGCCCCGCCCUUCUCAGGAGGGGUGACAACUGCAUUAUACUGGGGGGGGAGGCUUCCUUGAGGACCAAGGGGACCUAACGUAUGAGGGCGUCUUUCCACCCCGCUAUAUCCGUGUGUAUUUUGCAGAGUCAUCCUUUUAUUUUUCCGGGUUUGGAUCGGCAGACACCCCUCCCCCCGUUCCCGCGCGUGAAAUAACUUCAUUCAGGUAAAAAGGGGAACUCUUCUCCCUUUCUUUCGCAGCGCCGGAUUCGGAGUGGGUUUUAUUACGCUGCUCCCUUUCUGUCUUCUUUACCUAACCGCUUCGCCUUCUGCCGCGCGGUACAAUUGCGGGGGAGGGCGGGGGAUCGCAUGCGUAAUGGGGAUCGCCCGUCUCCUUUUGCAUUCCUCUCCUCGCCGCCUCGUCCUUACUGCCGUGGCCGGGGGGGGGGACCGGGGGGGUUAGAUAAGUGGCGGAUACCAAGGGCAACCUCCCGGCACCAUUGCCGCAGUCUCCCCAGGGACUGUGCGCUCGCGAAGGAAGAUGGUGUCUCUGCAGCCAGCCAGCGCGACCCGCGCGUCUUCCCCGGUCUCGGCUGGACCCACGUGUAAGUCUUCUUCGCUGCCGGCUGUUUGUUCUCCUCCUCCUGCAGGCAGGUUGGGCCUAGGAGCCUGGCCGGCUCCCAGGCAGAGGCGACGACGGCCGAGCUUCCCCCGCUGGCUGGCUGGCUGCUGAGGGGAAGCCGCCCCCUAUACGCUUAUGCAACACAUCAUCGAAAACCAUCCCGACAUGGCAACGGCGCUGCUGGCUGGGGAGAAACUCAAGGAGCUGAUCCUGCCGGGGCCGCAGGACGACAAGGCCGGCUCACUGGCGGCGCUGCUGCUGCAGCUCAAGCUGGAACUGCCCUUCGACCGCGUGGUCACCAUCGGCACCGUCCUCAUCCCGAUCCUCCUGGUCACGCUGGUCUUCACCAAGAACUUUGCCGAGGAGCCAAUAUACUGUUACACACCACACAACUUCACCCGUGACCAAGCCUUGUAUGCCAGAGGAUACUGUUGGACAGAACUAAAAGAUGCCUUGCCAGGAGUAAAUGCCAGCCACUGGCCCUCCUUGUUUGAGCAUAAGUUCCUUCCUUAUGCCCUGCUGGCUUUUGCUGGUAUUAUGUACAUUCCUGCACUUGGCUGGGAAUUCCUGGCCUCUACCAGACUGACUUCUGAACUUAACUUUUUGCUCCAGGAAAUAGAUAACUGCUACCACCGUGCAGCAGAAGGCCGUGCACCCAAAAUAGAAAAGCAAAUCCAGUCCAAAGGCCCUGGGAUCACUGAGCGAGAGAAAAGAGAGAUAAUUGAGAAUGCCGAAAAGGAAAAGAGUCCAGAGCAAAAUUUGUUUGAGAAAUACCUGGAACGGAGAGGCCGCAGCAAUUUCCUAGCCAAACUGUAUCUUGCACGACAUUUGUUCAUCAUAUUCUUAAGCAUCAUUCCAGUCACCUACUUGUCUACCUAUUAUGCUACACAGAAACAAAAUGAGUUUACUUGCGCUCUGGGCGAACCUCCUGACAAAACCACCAAUUCUAAGUUGCUCAUUAGAGUGAACUGCAAACUGCCAUCUGUGCAGCUUCAGCGCAUAAUUGCAGGGGUAGACAUUGUUCUUCUUUGCUUCAUGAACUUAAUUAUUCUCAUCAAUUUAAUUCACCUUUUCAUAUUCCGCAAAUCCAACUUCAUCUUUGACAAACUGAACAAAGUUGGCAUCAAGACAAAAAAGCAGUGGCAGAAAUCUCAGUUCUGUGAUAUCAAUAUCUUGGCUAUGUUCUGCAAUGAAAAUCGAGACCAUAUAAAGUCACUGAACCGCUUGGACUUCAUUACCAACGAGAGCGAUUUGAUGUAUGACAAUGUGGUGCGCCAGCUUCUUGCGGCACUAGCCCAGUCCAAUCAUGAUGUCACACCAACCGUGCGCGAUUCUGGGAUACAAACCAUAGACCCAGGCAUUGAUCCUGCAGGCAUUGACCCCAAUGAGCCACUGAUCAUUAAGCGACCUCGUAAGAAAAUGAAAUGGAUCCCAAGCACCAAUCCUCUCCCUCAGCCAUUCAAAGAGCAGUUGGCAACUAUGAAGGUUGAAAAUAACAAGCCUGAGAAGCCUAAGCCAGUCCGUCGAAAAACAGCCACAGACAGCCUUGUUGCCCCUUUACUAGAGACUACCUCCAAAAGUUCUCAGCCAUCAUCUGCUCCUAAAACUGAAUCAAGCACUCUGUCCAGCACAGGUAGUGAGAAGAAGCAUGCAAGGCACUUUUCCUUAGAUGUUCAUCCAUAUAUACUGAGCAGCAAUAAAAAACCCAAGCCAGUGAUUCAGCCCAUAACCUCUAUGGCAACAUCCAAAAGUCAAGGGAGUGGAUUUUUAAACCAAGAAGACAAAGUCAUAGUGCGUGUCACCUCUGCCCUCAAAGAUUCUUCCCUUCCUGGAAAAGAUGCUCUUUACUCACAUGACACGUGCAGGACUGUGCCGGCCACUGGCACUUUUCUCAUGUGCAGUCACAACCACAUAGCGACUUCUGCUGCAACAGCAAAUGCUACCCUGGGCCAGGUCCCCAAGGCCGAACCAGUGGCUGCUCUAAACUGUAACCCCACACAUCCUCUUUUGCACAUCAAAACAUUAUAUGAAGACCACGAAGAAGAGGUGUCAGACCUUAUAGACAAUUCUUUAGAUGAUAGAAUUAACUCACCAACAGACACAGGGGAUAUAAUCUCCAUACCUUCCACAAAGCAAAUCAUGUUGGCAACCUUUGAUGAACCAAUAGCAAUAGUGAACUCCAUAGAAUAUUGACGAUUCCCAAGCUGGUGCUAAUACAUGCUUGAACCUGGUGGGCCCACUUCCUGGUACCGCUGUAAUGUGAACCAUGCUCCCUCUACCAAUGCCAUCCACUGCAUGAGCAUGGAGCGCUGAAAUGCAGACCAUAGGUUUCACUAAUAUUCUUAAUCGGUCAUGCAGGGUAGCCUCAUCACUGCUAUCAAGAGCUUGCAAAAUGUAACGAUGACUAUGAUAACGCCAACCAAAUUAUGGUAUACCAAGAAUCGUAAGCACAAAAGGUGUUAGGUGUAGCUUCGUGAAAUUAAAUGUGGACUAGUACAACAAUCCAAAUAUAUAAUAGCGCUUAAGGGCAUGAUGCACAGCGUUUCUUCAACAAAGCACUUAUAUCCUUGGUACUCCAAUUCAAUAGGUAAAGUAACAAAUCACAUACUUGUAUGAUAAUUAUUCUUCCAUUUCAAGAGAGAGCAAUUAAAUAGUGUUUUGUCUCAAAGGUGACCGUAGUAAUAAUAACAGAAUUCUACAGCAAAGUGGUAUGCAAGCUACAUUUUGGUUCACAGGUUUUGGAGGAGCCAGUGACUGAGGGCCCACUGGACUCACACCAGCAUCUGUGCAAAGAAAGCAGGCACCUAUCAGCCUGCUACAUUUAUGAAUGACCAUACCAAGAGCUAUGUCCUGCCUUCUGAAAUGUUUGUAUGUGCUGAAACAGAUGAUGAAAAGAAAGAGUUUAUUUUUUAAGUAUAUUUUAUUGUGAAUGAGAUAGUUU